GGAAGAGAAAGAAUACCAUGGCGAAAACUAGUACCGGUGGUGGUGUUUCUUACGGUGUUGUACCAGAGAUGAGACAUUCCAAAAGCGAGGAUCUCCUUGGUGCUAUACCAAAUUCAAGAUCGACGAGUCCAACCAUCGGUUUAUUACCUAGCACCGCUUCCGAGGACGAUUUGAUAGCUGCCAGUGCAUUACACGAAUCAACCGAUCGUCAUCGUCAUCGUGUUGUAGUUGCCGCGGCCGCGGCCGCAGCUGCCGCAGCCGCCAUUGCCGAUACCACUAGAAGGUUACCACCAUCCUCCUCAAAUACAUCGUCAUCGCCAUCGUCAUCGUCAUCCACUAAGACACAUAAUAAAAACAAUGACAAUAGAUCAACGACGACCACCAAUUUAUUUGCUACGAAAUUUGUUGGUACGCCUCCUGGUCUUCUUACCGAUCGCAUCGAUCCUGAAGAUUCUAUUCGCGAUAUCGUCACGGAGAAUGAUCUUUAUAGGUUUGUCCUUUUCAAACGUCAUUAUGACAAGUACGUCGCCCUAGCCGCAAAAUACGAGGAAGCAAAGGAUACUGCUUACUACUUGGAAGAACGUUACCACGAGGUGAAGGCUGAAAGAGACAAACUGGAAGAGGCACGUCGUUGUUUAGAAAAGAGAUUAGAGGGCUGCGAGGCAGAAUUAAGAGGUAAAGAGGACGAUCUCUUCCUACAACUGGAGCGAAGUCUUCGAUUGGAGGAAGAAGUCGAACGUGCGAAGGUGGAGCGUGACAGCUAUAUAGUAGCCCGCGAUCGUUUGGAUCAACAGCGCGAAACGACUCUAAGACGAUUGCAACUUCAGCUUGCAGAAAACGAAGCGACUAGGCAAUCCCUCGAAAGGGCACGGCUGGAUGUCAUAAGACAGGCCACCGUCAUUCGAGCUGAACGUGAUGCCCUCGAGAAAGAAAACGAAACGUUGAAGGAGAAAUUGCGUAUCGGUGAAGACGAAUUGGGUAUAGAAAGACGUAGACGAGAGGAAGGAGUAGCAGCGCUCACACGAGAGACCAUAACGCUUAGGCACGCUGCACGACAUCUUCGAGCAGCUACAUUACAUGCCACAUCUUGCCGUCGUCGUAGAAGGUGUUCCAUUUGUCUUUAUACCCAACGUACGUUCGCUGAGGUAGAUGAUUAUCGAGAUGAUGGGAAUCUUUUCAAGUGCCUUCAAGCGCCCCUACAAGAUUUGUGUACUUGGUUACGACCAAGUACAACGACUACAGCAGGUCCAUCGUCGCGUACACCAAGGACAAGUUCCCCAUUGGCCGAACGAGAAAUUGCUUACAUCGAUGACUCCAGCGUUGACAGUAGCGGUGGUGGUAGUACCAAUGGUAGUAGCGAUAGUACAACCAGUAGUACUACCAGUAACAGCAGUAGUAACAGUGCCUCCGAUGAUGAGGCAUAUCCAAGUACCUUAGUCGCUGCGAUGUCAUUAUCAUCGGCUAAUUCUAAUGUACCACCUACAAAUAGAGCAUUUUCUUCUGACUCAGGAUUUUCCUCGGAAGUCGGUGAUCGCAGGUCACGGUGUUUCGAAAAUGGUUGCAGCAGUACCAGCAGUAGCAGCGGCUGCAGUAAAACCAGAAAAAUCAGCGAAUCCCUCAGCUGUAGCGAACCGGACGAUCAGGGUACGGCGGGAAGAGGAGGUGGUAGUGGUGGUGGUGGAGGAAGAGGAGGAGGAUUCACACGUUCCAAGUGGACAUCAUCCUUCCGCAAAUUGCUCGGACGUAAAUUGAAAUCAAAGUCAGCAACAACGUCGAAUGGUGGUGCUGGUGGAGGAUCAUCAUCGUGAACGACCAUUGAAGGAUAAAAUGACGAUUAGAAUGAUGUUAGGAAAGAUCGCCAUAGAUCUUUUCAACAAAUUCCUUCUAUUAUGUGAUUGUUCGAAGUAUAAUUCGUUUCUUUAUUUUUUUUUUUUUUUUUUUUUUUUUACCGUUUAAUAUAAAUUAAAAA